AUGAUCGAGACGAACCUUGACGUUCUAUAUCCAAUAGGACCACUCGACUACACCAAUGACGAAGCAGCAUGGCGUAUCCAGAUUAUGGAAUCGACGACCCAAGUUCAAGAUUGUAUGGAGAACCUCAUGUCAGCCCUUGAUGCGAGAGCAUCUCUCCUUGUCGCUUGCAACCAACUGAAUGCUGCCCUUCAAGAUGCGCUCGCCAUGAUCUCGAUUGCACCGUGGUCAGUGACUGGAUACCUGACAGCCGGCCAUGUCUAUUCCCUUCAAGACCAACACGCUUCAGCUUUGAGGACGUAUCAACAGAUGCUGCAAGAUGUACCCGAUUGUCAUCCAAGAUACCACGAGUUUGUCAAAGCCAAGGCAACCGAAUACGAGCUUUGGAGCAAGCGUGUGGACUUUGUGAGCAGGUUGCCCAUUGAUCUGGUGGUGUCCAAUCUUAUUCCAAGGAUUUUGGAUGAUCAGCCUAUGCUGGAGAUUGGGAAACAAAAAGGAUACCUUGAUGUGUGUCGUACCUGGCGACAAAGGAUCGCAUUGGCAGGUGGAAUACCUUUUCAUAUUGGGCCUGAGGACUUAUCAGUGGAUGAAUAUCAUCGAUUAUCGGAUAUUGCGCCUUAUCUCCAAUGGCUCUCUGUAUCACAAGAAGGACAGCAUGAAAUCAUACCCAAGUUGGCCCACUAUGCACAAUUUACAUCAUUGCAGCGAUUGGAUGUGAAAGAAUCUGUGACACGCACAUCCGAUCAAUUACUGCCUGCAUUACGUGCAUGGAGCAACACCUUACGACAUCUCAAUCUGGAAUACCAACGCAAUGAAAUACCCACACACCGAUACCGACUUUGUGAUAUCCUGGAUGCAUGUGCCAACCUUACUUCCAUCAGCAUGCGGUGUAACGAUACAAAUCUCCCAUUUUUAUUCACUAUGCACUAUCCCAAGAUAAUCAAGCUGGAUCUGUGGGUAACCCAAUUCAGAUUCAACAAGGCCCGGAUUGCACCUUUACUCAAACCAUUCCCUCGUUUGAGAUCCCUACGACUACGUCCCAGUCCUGGAUCGGAUAUUUUCCCAGCCAUCCAACGAUAUUGUCCUCGGUUACAACAACUCUUUGCCGAUUGUGUAUGUCUUCAUCUGCCUGAUCUUCCAAAGGAUCAAGGGAAAGGAUUACGCGUUCUUUGUGUGGCUCAAGGGAUUGGUCAUGCCAAAUUCAAUGAGGAUGCCUUGCUACGAUUUAUGAUGCAGCAUAGCGAUACCUUGGAGACCUUCAUCACUGGAUCGGAUGGAUUGGAUUUCAUGGCAAGGAGAUUGCUGGAUGCUCAAACAACUACGACAUUCAAUCGGCUUUUGCAUAUACGAAUUCCGUUUAUCAUACGAUCAUCCAAUCUCAAUCCUUUUCUCAUUUGGAUGGUACAGCAUGCACCGAAUUUGGAAUCGAUCGACACCUUAUGGAGCAGUGAGCAACAACCGGUCAUCGAAGCGUUAUUGGAACAUCCACGUUUCAGGCAUAUCGGGUUUCGAUUGCCAUCAUGGUCCGAGCAUAUCAAGAAACAAUUCAUCAUGCAUCAUUUGUCGCUUGGAGAUCGAUCCAACCUGCAAGAAAUGACAAUCCACUUUGAGGGCUCUUCUGGAUCGGAUUCUUGGCUUUACAAGGUGCCUCAGCUGACACAGUUGAAAGCGUUUGAAUUACAUUUUGAUCGUCCUAUUACGAUACACAAAGCCAUCCCUUUGAUUCUCAAGCUUGCUGAAGCAUGUAUUUCUUUGGAGCGCCUCACAUUGGCUUGCGAUCGAUGGACUAUCGGUUACGACCUCAUUGGCAAGAUAAAGCUUCAUCCAAAUUUGAGACGCCUUGUAAUUGAUGCAGAAGCAUUGGAAGGUCAUCCAUCCGCCAUUGGCAGCAACUUUGACGGACUUGAGUCUUUACAUCUUCGACUUUAUGAAUUCAAUUGGGAGGACAUGGACAUUUUAAGGAAGAGAAGGUAUGCAUUAACGUGUGAAAAGAGAAAGUAUAGAAACUUUUCUGGUUGA